AUGGUAAGAGACGAUUCACAUUUGGCUACAAAGUUAACACUGAGAUUUCAAUGUUGUGUGUUGUGCUGUGAUAUAAUUAUGUUAGAGAAAUUAAUUGUUGUUUUUAUAUUUUGUUGGAUUUACAGCGUAAAUAGCGGAGUUUUUAAACGGUCUACUUGCGAAGAGAACGAAAUAUACGCAGAAUGUCACCUCUGUGGUCCAGAAAGAUGCUCCCAACUUGGGUUCCCAGCGCCAUGUGGUGGUACCGCAUGCAAGCCACGGUGUGUAUGUAUAGACGGAUUUGUUCGAGAUGAUGAUGGAAAAUGUAUUCCAAAGAUGGAGUGCCCGUCAUGUGGUGGAGACAAAAACGCGAUUACCGGUUGCAGCAACCACUGUGGUAACACAUGCUCCGACUUCCGGGAGGUAAAUAAAACCUGCCUUUCCGGAUGCCACUAUAACGGCUGCAAUUGCAAGCCUGGAUUUGUUUUUCAUGAAAAGUUGAACCACUGUGUUUUACCAAAUAAUUGUUGUGAGUUUAUUAUUAUUGUUUAUAAGGUUUACUAG